AUGAUUACAUAAUAUUAUACCGUUAUAGCGGCAUGAUUUAUCUGUACCUGCAAAGCUGCAUAAUAAUUUGAAUUACCGUAACUUAAUGCUCCGCACUGGCAAAUGCUAAUUAAGCUUUUGAUUCCCAACCAAAAUCGUAAUACGAGUCGCUUUGGCAGCAAAUCCUAGACUAUCCCCGCCCAACAUUUGUCCAACACUGUUGCUGCAUCAAAGCCAGAAUAAUGCCAGUCUUAACCCAGGGACAAAUGGCGGAAGUUUUGCCGCAGUUGGAGAACGAUUUCCCUCGAAGCUUAUAUAUCAUCUGAUGCGCAACGUCCUCCGCCAGCGUUUCGCUUGGCCCGGCGUCGAGUUCCUCGUGGACACCUUCCCCAGUCCGUCUGUCUGCAUCUGCCGACCACGGAAGAACGACCCGGAAUAUAUCCCCAUAAUGAACGGCUACCAGGUUUUCGUCUACUCUAAAGACGCCGAUGUCUUCCGGCGAAUGCUGUUCGACGAGCCGGACACGCUGGACUGGACACAGAAUAUCGUCUUCGCCGAUCUGCCGGUAGCGGAGCAGUCCAUCCUUCUGGGUUCUGGUCGAGGUUUUCAUGGCGGUACUUUCCAGCAGAUGUCGUCGACUGAAGGCUUCUCGGCCGGACAGUGCAACCACUUCCGUCUCCAUUGGCCCAACCUUAAUCUAACAUUUGAAGCCCCGGAUGGUUUCCGUCUGGAUACUUUACAACCGGAGCACGCGGACCGAAUCGCCCGCGAGCGUAAUUACGGUCACUUGGCCAACAACGCCAUCUACUUCCGCUACAUGCUCGAGAAGGGUUUCCCCAGCGCUGCGCUAUUUCCCGCCGGAUCGGACACACCCGUCGCGUAUUGUCUGUACAAGAGCGAAGGCGUCAUUGGCGCGGCCUACACCAAUCCCGAAUACCGGCGCCGUGGCUUCUUCCGAUUGGUGCUGCGAGCGCUACUGCAAAAACUGAAAGAGAUGGGCGAAGUCAACGUGUGGCUGGAUACGCACAAGUUCAACCCGGCGACGCAGGCGGCCUUCAAAGCCGUGGGCGCCGAAGAGUACGAAGGACAUAUGGUGGACUGGAUGCAAUUCUGGCCGGCUGGCUACAGCCAAGUAGCCAGCGAGAAAGUCACUAGGCACUUAGCUAAUGUACUACUGUGAAUCUUUAGUUAUUUUCAUUGUGGACACUGGUCAACUAGUCACUGCACUAUUACCAGUCGACGUAUGUUUUGGAAUCGGCAUGCCUGUUCUUAGCCAGUUGGUUUUAAUAAGAUGAACAGCACUUACUGUAGACGCUAGAUGAAACGGCACCACUGUUAGAUUCGGCCGCUGUCUGCCCCCUGCCGGACAGCCCACUGGUCCGGCUACUGGCGAUCGGGCUUCUUACGGUUGGUGUUGCAGGGCCUGUUGCAAACCCCGACGAAUUUAGGCGAGGAUAAUGUGUGGCCGGAUACGCACAAGUUAAAAAAUGGGAUGUAGGCGGACGCAACACCAAAGAGUACGCACUGCGGUGGGAUGAAUGCCGUAUCCAUACUUGCCGGCUGGCUGCCACCCAGAUAUCAGCAAGAAAACUGCUUAGCAUGGGUCUCAACUCUGUUAGAGAAAUCCUGCUGCACCUGCACAUGGGCCACUGACUUGCUGCACCUCGUUUACCAGAUAUUUAUUUACCAGUGACGAUUUUAUUGCCCGUAUGUUAGCCAUGACUUUUUACGUGUCGGGUAAGUCUGUAUAAUGUUGCGGAAGUGAUAGAUGAUUAACGAGCAACGUGCUAAGAAUUUUAAAUGAUACCAGCGAUACGCGUACUGAUCUUCACUCCGAUUCGUUACAACACUGUUUUUUCACUAGAAUAAAUUAUAACUAUUAUUAUUCACGGAGCAGGUAACCAAUUUCAGGCUAGGGUGACAUACCGUACUAGCAUGGGAUUUUAAACUUGGCCAGACAGUAAAUGCAUUAUGCAUACUAUCUGUAGAC